AUGAAGAAACAAAACGUCCGGACCCUAUCGUUGAUCGUCUUCACGUUCACCUACCUCCUCGUCGGCGCUGCAAUCUUCGACGUUCUCGAGUCCGAGACGGAGAAACGACGCAAGGAAGCAUUGGACGCCAUUGAAAAGAUGGUUAUACGCAAAUACAAUAUAAGCGAGGACGACUUCAAGAUCAUGGAAACAGUGGUGCUGAAGACGGAACCUCACAAAGCCGGUCAACAAUGGAAAUUCGCCGGAGCGUUUUACUAUGCAACCACGGUCCUCACGACUAUCGGUUACGGACAUUCGACGCCGAACACCAUAAGCGGUAAACUGUUCACGAUGUUCUACGCGAUCGUCGGAAUACCGCUAGGACUCGUAAUGUUCCAGAGCAUAGGAGAGCGUUUGAAUAAAUUUUCAUCCGUCGUAAUACGGAACGUAAAGCAGCUUCUUAAUUGUAAGGAUGUCCAGGCCUCAGAAAUAAAUCUUAUCUGCGUGGUGACGACCUUAUCUUGCUUAACAAUUGCGGGAGGUGCCGCAGCGUUCUCUAGGUACGAAGGGUGGUCAUACUUCGAUUCCAUUUAUUAUUGUUUCAUCACCCUGACGACCAUCGGGUUCGGGGACAUGGUCGCGCUGCAAAAGGAUAACGCGCUGGACAACAAACCCGAGUACGUGAUGUUCGCCCUAAUAUUCAUUCUGUUCGGCUUGGCGAUCGUCGCCGCCUCUCUCAAUUUAUUGGUCCUGAGAUUCGUCACAAUGAAUACCGAGGACGAAAGGCGAGACGAAGCUGAAGCUCUGCAGGCUGCGCAAGGAGCAGUGCGCCUGGAGGGCGACGUAAUAACGGCGAACGGCUCGAUAUUGUCAGGCCAAAUAGGGAACCACGGUGACACGAUAUCGUUGGAUGACGAGACGUCGGUAUGCAGCUGCCGCUGCAGCGGCUUCCAGAAGAAACGACGGAGACCGCGGUUCACGGUUCGUCGCUCGCCCGGUAAGAUCUCGCACCUGCUGCCGAUGCAGCAGCUGCCCACGCUGAACAUGCGCACCGAGCUACGCCCGCCGCCGUUGACGCCGUUGCUGCAACUGCCGCCGUUGUAUCAGCAUCGAGCCAGCAUCUGA